CCGCCUUCUACGGCUCCGCCGCGGGGGUCGCAGCGGCUGCCGCGCCGUCCUCGAGUUUCCAGCGUGAGGAGGAGGCUGAGGGCGGAGAGGCGCAUCGUGUUGAGACGGAGACCGAGGGGGAGCCCCGCGCGCGGCGUCGCUCAUUGCUAUGGACAGUGCUAUCACCCUGUGGCAGUUCCUUCUUCAGCUCCUGCAGAAGCCUCAGAACAAGCACAUGAUCUGUUGGACCUCUAAUGAUGGGCAGUUUAAGCUUUUGCAGGCAGAAGAGGUGGCUCGUCUCUGGGGGAUUCGCAAGAACAAGCCUAACAUGAAUUAUGACAAACUCAGCCGAGCCCUCAGAUACUAUUAUGUAAAGAAUAUCAUCAAAAAAGUGAAUGGUCAGAAGUUUGUGUACAAGUUUGUCUCUUAUCCAGAGAUUCUGAACAUGGAUCCAAUGACAGUGGGCAGGAUUGAGGGUGACUGUGAAAGUUUAAACUUCAGUGAAGUCAGCAGCAGUUCCAAAGAUGUGGAGAAUGGAGGGAAAGAGAAACCACCUCAGCCUGGUGCCAAGACCUCCAGCCGCAAUGACUACAUACACUCUGGCUUAUAUUCUUCCUUUACUCUCAACUCUUUGAACUCCUCCAAUGUAAAGCUUUUCAAAUUGAUAAAGGCUGAAAAUCCAGCCGAGAAAAUGGCAGAGAAAAAAUCUCAGGAGCCCACACCAUCCGUCAUCAAAUUUGUCACGACACCUUCCAAAAAGCCACCGGUUGAACCUGUUGCUGCCACCAUUUCAACCGGCCCCAGUAUUUCUCCAUCUUCAGAAGAAACUAUCCAAGCUUUGGAAACAUUGGUUUCCCCAAAACUGCCUUCCCUGGAAGCCCCAACCUCCGCUUCUAACAUAAUGACUGCUUUUGCCACCACACCACCCGUUUCGUCCAUACCCCCUUUGCAGGAACCUCCCAGAACACCUUCACCACCACUGAGUUCUCACCCAGACGUCGACACAGACAUUGAUUCAGUGGCUUCUCAGCCAAUGGAACUUCCAGAGAACUUGUCACUGGAGCCUAAAGACCAGGAUUCAGUCUUGCCAGAAAAGGACAAAGCAAAUAAUUCAUCAAGAUCCAAGAAACCCAAAGGGUUAGAACUGGCACCCACCCUUGUGAUCACAAGCAGUGAUCCAAGUCCACUGGGAAUACUGAGCCCAUCUCUCCCUACAGCCUCUCUUACACCAGCAUUUUUUUCACAGACACCCAUCAUACUGACUCCAAGCCCCUUGCUCUCCAGUAUCCACUUCUGGAGUACUCUCAGUCCUGUUGCUCCCCUAAGUCCAGCCAGACUGCAAGGUGCUAACACACUUUUCCAGUUUCCUUCUGUACUGAACAGUCAUGGGCCAUUCACUCUGUCUGGGCUGGAUGGACCUUCCACCCCUGGCCCAUUUUCCCCAGACCUACAGAAGACAUAACCUAUGCACUUGUGGAAUGAGAGAACCGAGGAACAAAGAAACAGACAUUCAAUGUGAUUGCAUUUGAAGUGAGCAAUUGAUGGUUCUACAAUGCUGAUAAUAGACUAUUGUGAUUUUUGCCAUUCCCCAUUGAAAACAUCUUUUUAGGAUUCUCUUUGAAUAGGACUCAAGUUGGACUAUAUGUAUAAAAAUGCCUUAAUUGGAGUCUAAACUCCACCUCCCUCUGUCUUUUCCUUUUCUUUUCCUUUCUUUCCUUCCUUCCUUCCUUUUCUUUUCUCCUUUCAAAAUAUUUUGAGCUUUGUGCUAAAGAAAUUCUUGGUGGGGUUUAGUGGCUGUGCUUUGCAAGAGCAAUUAAGAACAAAGUUACUCCUACUGGCUAUUGGGACCCUUUGGCCAGGAAAAAUUAUGCUUAGAAUCUAUUAUUUAAAGAAAUAUUUGGGAAAUGAAUUGGCAUCUUUAGGACUAAGUGUGCUCUGUUGAAUGGCUUAAAGUGAGCUGUUCCUAAGCAGUGGAAGAAGAAGAAUCAUUCCUAUUCAUACAAACUAAGAUUGGAGCAGUCAUACUGGGGAGAUUGUUUUGUGUGAACUAUGACAUGUGUAAGCAACUCCAUGAAAAGGCAAGGUCUUGUUUACCUUUAUUCAGGGUGGGUCUCUUAGCCAUAUGUAUGAUCCUGUCUGAACCUGUCAACAGAGCAUGGAGCUAGUCUAUUUCACUGUAGAAAGAUUUUUAGACCUGGGGUUUAAGACAGUUUUUGGAACACCUAGUAAGAAUAUGGGACCUCACAUCUAGCACAGAAAUGCUAUUUGCCCUCUGGGUGGUAUCAUUGUAUGCCCAUGGAAUACAGCAUGGGCAAUGAUCACUUUUAGGAGGAUGAACUUGGAUUUUGAAUAUUUGAAACAUCUCUGAGUAAAAGAUUCGAUCAAAUAACUUGAAACAACAUGUAGGGGUUUUCUCAAUUAGAAGAUAACCAAGUGAAGGACCCUGUCUUUUUCCUGUUCAUUUUACCUCAUUUUCUACUAUAUAUUUAUCACCUUUCCUUCAUGUUUAAGGUUGUUAGAGGUUAUGAUAGUUUUAGAGAUGCAAUUAGGAAGGUAGAAUUCAAAGUGAAGCCUCCCCAGUCAGGAGCGAAGUAAAGAUGUGCUUAUUUCUUUCUUUCUUUUUUAUUUUUUUGAGACGGAGUCUUGCUCUGUCACCCGGGGUGGAGUGCAGUGGCACAAUCUCAGCUCACUGUAAGCUCCGCCUCCCGGGUUCAAGCAAUUCUCCUGCCUCAGCCUCCUGAGUAGCUGGGACUACAGGCAUGCGCCUCCACACCUGGCUAAUUUUUGUAUUUUUAGUAGAGACGGGGUUUCACCAUGUUGGCCAGAUGGUCUUGAUCUCUUGACCUCGUGAUCUGCCCACCUCAGCCUCCCAAAGUGCUGGGAUUACAGGCAUGAGCCACCGCGCCUGGCUCAGAUGUGCUUAUUUCUUUCAACUUUUUUUUUUUUUAAAUGGGAAAGAGCAGAGUUCAUUUGGGAGUGCUUAUACAUAGGGAUUGGAUUGUUCAUAUUAGUAAUAAAAAAUGUAGGCCUUCUUCUCUACACUACCAAAUUUUUAAAAUAUUACCAUAUGGUAAUCAAUGCCAGGUACAGAUUUGUUGGUUCCCCAAACUGAAUUGAUAUCAGUAUCACAGUGGAGUCUUUUGAAAAAUUUGGCACUAAAGUCCAGGAUUAAAUUAUAUGUUGUCACCAUUCACCACCACUACUACCCUCCCCCACCAGUCUCUCCCACCGGUUAAACUCGUCUUCUAAUCUUGUAGAAUCACACGAACUAAAUGAAGAAGUAAGGACUUGAAGGCUCAGACUGAGACUGUUACAAACUAGCAUCUUGAGAUGCCUGGUAUUUACUUUAAAUGUGCUUAUAUACAGUGUAGAGAAGCUCUUGUAUAAGAAGACGUCUAUGCUAGCUAACUUAGUAGUAGUAGAGGGAACAUAUUCAGUGAGCUGCCUUUAUAUCUGUAGUGUCGGAGACUUGUUACUGGUUCAUUUGUGGUUAUCAGUUGAAGGUUCUGUUCCUGAGAUGUGCAAUAGUAGUGUUGAAAGGUAUUGUUUAAUAGUGAUGGGGAACAGACAUAUUGGACUUUUUUUCCAUAUUAAAUUAUUUAGUUUGCAUGCCUGUUUGAAAUUGGACCUCUCAGCAGCACUUUGGAAUAAUUUUAAUUAGGUUAACAUUUUGUACAUUAAAUACAUAGAUAUAGAUGGUUGAUUUAACUAGAUGUGUUAAAUUCUGAAAGCACAAAGGUAUUUUAUCUUUUUGAAUUAAAGGAGAAAAGCCAUUGAUUUGUUUUCACAGACGGUAUUUUUAAUAAUUAACUGUCUCAGCACAGAGGUACCUUGGAACCAAGGGCACCAUUGAAACUCAGUUGAAGCAACUUCUAGUAAACCAUUUUAGUGAGUCCUUUUUGCAUAAACCUAUAGCCUCUCAGAGGUGUGAGGCUGUCACAGAUUGGUGAUCUGCUAUGUCUUUGAGAUCAACUAAUUUGGAGAAGUGUGUGUGUGCGUAUCCUUUUUUAAGUCAAAGUUUACAACCUUACUGCAGGUGUAUGAGGCAGACAGUUCUGUUUAUAGACUACCUCCUUCCUGGAAAAGUCUCAGCUUCAUAUUCUGUUGAAUAUCCGCAGAAUUCUUAGUGUGAAAGGUGAUGUACCACUUCAGAUCAGUUUUCACUGGAGAGACUUGUAAUUGGUAGCUGUAGCUCAUAUCCAUCCCUAGUCACUUUGCCAGGAUGAAUGCUGUUUGGCAGCAGUAGCCUAAGUUAUGGAAGGGGAGCAGAUCGAAUGGGGUUUUGAGACAUCUCUGAUAACCUUAGCUUUCCUUCUGCUCUGGCAGCUGUCCACUCAGUUGUGUGCUAGAAAAUGUUUAACAACCAGGAUCUCUGGGGUGGGGGUGGGGGGUAGCACUGAAUUUGUAGCAUUUGCUGAUUUCUUUGAUAUAAAUUAAUUACUCCUCCCGUGGCUGAUUUCAAGCUACUACCUUAGAGUUGAGAAGGGAUGUGCACAGUUGGCUCGGAACCAGUGCUGGCAAACCAUUGCAUUUAUUCCACCCAAGAGUGGAUUUUCACAUAAUUUCUAAAAUAAUUUUUUCUUUUUUAUAUACUGACUUUUCAAAAUACAAAAUUAAAAUCUCAUGUCUGACUUCAGUGAUCUUUUUAUUUUUCUUUUUUUAGAAAUGAGAUCUUUCAGCAAUCCUUUAAUUUUUUAGAGAUGGAGUCUUGGUGUGUUACCCAGGGUGGACUCAAACUCCCGGGCUCAAGUGAUCCUCCUGCCUCAGCCUCCUGCAUAGCUGGGCUACAGGCAUGCACCACCACACCUGGCUUAGUAAUCCUUCUUUAUUAAUGGUUUGUCACAGUACGUUUUUGUGAUGUUAUAUUGCUCAUGGCAUACUUUAUGUGUUCGAACAGAGGUGGAAAUUUCCAUUGAUUUUUUUUUUAAAUUUAUGCACAAAGAAUCUGGAUUUUGAGGACUACAGUAAGGAAAAAAAAGAAUUAGAGGCCCUUAAAAGGUCAACUGUAAGCUUCUUAGAGUUAAAAUAUGAGUUUAAUUUUUUCCCACAUUUUGACAGUUGAAAUUUUGAUAGGGACAGUAAACCUAUGAGCCUCUAUUACGGACUGGAUUUUUUUUAAUUGGAAAAUUCCUUGAAGAUUUACAUACUAUAUUACAGAUUUUAAAAGUCAAGACUGACUUAAGUAAAUCAGGUUUGGAAUUCUGGAGCUGUAACUCCAGGCUUUUGAUAGUAUCACUUCAGUUCCAUUCACCCCUGCAUUGUGUGACGUCCAGUCUGACAACAUUGUUUCAUCCUGAUCUGACUUUCUACCAUGAUUCUCAAGUUCUUAAAGGUGUCCCUUUAUGUUUUUGGUGAAUGUAAGCACAUUUAGAGCCACUCAGUACCACUUCUCAAUACCUCUGAAGCAGUGGUUCAGAAAAGGAGUGUCCAGCCUUUUUGAACACACAAAUUGAUCAGUAAGAGUUAUUGAACAUAAAAACUUUCCCUAUUAAAAAUUCAUAUGGGUAUAUGUUAAAUUAUAUACCGCUAUACCAAAGUAAUAUGUGUGUUAUAAAAAAAAUACAAAAAGUGAAAUGAAGGAUGGCAUAAAAAGUAAAUCUUGAGUAGCAGUUAUAGUAUUUUCUUCCCACACCCCAGUUCGUUGUCUUGUGCACCCCCCAGAAGCACACGCUUUUCCUAAAGACUGCUGACUCAGGAUAUUCUCAUUCUAAUCUCCAAACAUAUAUGAUGCUCGUCUUACGAUAUAUGGAGAAAUCCUAGAGAUUUGGAGUUUUUCAGGAGAGCUUAUUGUCAACUUUGGAAAUUUCACAUUAUUUUUGAUAAAUUCCCAAAUAAUAAUCCAUUACCACAUUUUCCACAGCUUUAUUCCUAUUACUUUCGUCAGCCUAUUGUCCCUUAUCUUCAUGUUAGGUAUGACUCUAUUUUUAUUUUACUAGUCUGCUCACAGACUUCUUUGGGACUUAUAUUUUACCAACAAAUUUAGAAUUAUUUCAAGUUGCUUUAUGUUCAAAUAUAUAACAAGUUACAUUUUCUUGCUGCAUUAAUAAGUUUUUGAUUUUUAAAUUCUGAUAUUUCAGCAACUAAACGAAUACUUUUCUUUGUAGGUCUGUUCUGUUUUUAACCUCAUUGACUGUAUAUGUUUUAUUUACCCGUGCCAGGAGUCUAGAAUCGUGCUUAGGUGCCAUUCUUAGGUGCAGAAAUCUGGGGCUCCAAAUGAAUUACCAAACCAAUAGGAAAGUUAAAAAGACUACUCAUCAUGUAGUGUGUCAUCUGAAGCUAUGAUAGAAUAUAUUAUUUCUAAAAUAGUAUUGAGAAGUUAAUUGUUCAGUCCAUAGUAGUGUAAGUGAAGUGUGGAGGUCAGCCAUAAUUGUCUUUCUUCAGCAGGUACUCUGACCAGAGACUGGGUUCUAUGGAAAAUAGAAUUAUAUUCUUGGUUUGGGAUCAACAAAUGUUUUGUUACUGUUUUAAUGUUGCUGGCAUUGCCUGAAACAAAGUGCCCUGUUAUUCCUCUUAUGUCAUCAGAACUCUGCUUACUGAAGUUGAAGUUUUAAUCUUAGAAUCUAGAAUUCUUGUGGCUGGUCGUGUAUUAAGAAAAGAAGGUGGUUUGAUUUUAUUUCUUGUACUUGGUGGAACCUGUUACUAUAGGAGUCAUGUUUUGACCUGUAAGCCGAGCAAAUCUGAAAGGUGAAUCGUUAAUGGUAGUAUAAUUGUUUCAUUUGAAGUUGUCAGUUUCUUCAAGUCACUUCUCUGAAAAAAAUUGUGAUAGAUUGAUAGCCUGCCAGAAAAUAGCAGUUUCUAAGGUGCUGCCGUCCACACUUACUCAUUGUGAAAUAUGAAAAUCCAGAGUGGUUUGUAUGAGAGGGGAAAUACUGGCUCUAAGCUUUCUACAGAAAACAGGAAAUUCAUGCUGUUGUUGACAUAAUUUUAAAGGAAACUUUUAACAAGAAAAUUCAUGAGGGAUACAAUCAAACAUAGUUAAUCUCUUGAGUGCUAAUCAUUUGAGUAUAGUCCACAUCAGGAAGUUUUAUGAGGUUGAAAACUUUACUUUGAAAUAUUUAAUUGGGAGACUAGACCAUUUCUUUCCAAGUCAUUCUGAUUUAUUGUCCUAGUAAAUGUAUGUGUAUGCGUAUAUACUGAUGUAUCGACUAAUGUGUGUGUGUGUGUGUGUGUGUGUGUGUGUAAAUCUGUUUUCACAGGGAACAUACAUUGAUGGCUCCUAGUCUAUUUUAUACUAAAACUUAAAAAAAUUUGCUGCACUUUGCAGUUGCCACUUUUUAAAAGAUUAAUGCUUUGCACAUUUCAGUAGGCCUUAAAGACGAAUUGCUCACCAACGUUUUAGAAAUACACUGCUUACAUGUGACAUACUCUAAACAAAGUCAUAGUAAACUGUUCUCUUAGGUUCAUGUAUUAUUGAGCAAAUAAGGAUGUCCUUUCUUAAAAUUUCUACAUUUAUGUUUGCUUUUGUGUAAAAUCUUUAUUAGUUUGUGUGUAAGUUUCUCAAAGAGGAGGUUUAUACUGGAAGCAGUAUUUCUAAAGUACAGAGAUUCGACCAUAGAUUGAAUACAGUGGUGGAGGAAUGCUGGCAUUGUGGCCUAAUUUAUUCUUUUAAACUGUAUGUCAUUAGUAUUAGCCAAAACCUCAGAGUGGAGUGUCUUGGGCUGAGUGAUCUUCUCAACUUUGCCUUGUUUCCCAUCUCAUAAAGGCUCCUUCUGGUUGUUUUCCCUUCCAAGGAUUGUGAGUCAUGCUCACAUAGGUCUGGGAUCUUCUGGAUGGGGUCGGGGAGGAGGUGGGGGUUGCCUGUGGCUGGCCCAGAGUUCUAGCCAAUGGAAUCAUUCAAGAAUGCCUGAAGUUCAGGGGUGGGAAUGCCAUAUAUUGGUGUUAAUCACUUGGCACUUUCUUGGGCACCAAUAUUAGCACUGUUUCAUUUUUAAUAACUGGAAGCACUUAAUGAUUAUUUUGUUUGUUUAAUUUCAACUUAAGGAUAUUGAGGGUCAGGGAAGUAAGGUUUAUUUCUUGUUUAUGUUUUCUGGAAUUUAUAGGGUGUUUGUAGAAGGGAUAAAUGGGUUACCUAAUGAGCCAUUCUUCUAGGCUCUGUAAGGUAUGCCCUUUUGGCUAGGAUAUUUUUAAAUAAUUUGUAAGCUUUUAAUAUUGUGCUUUGUAGAAAUUUACGAUUUUUAAAAAUAAUUUGCAAUUGAUAGAUGACACUUAAAUUUGUAAAGUAUCCAACUUUAAGUUUCUUUUCUGUUUGGUCAUUGUUGCUUAUUGUCUAUUGUGUAGGGGACACAAUCCUGACAUUUCAUUGUUUUGUUUCUUGGGGCAGUAUUAACCAGUGGCCUUUGUAUGUACAUUCAUUGCUUACAUUUAUUGUUUAUGUGGUAGAGUAGCAUUUUUAUGAACUUCCCUGUUCAGUAUUAGUGAAAUUAACAGAUGCGUAUAUGUAAAGAUAGAAAAGAAAUGAAUACAAUUAAUUUUUUAUUCCUUGAGGCCUAUCUAUUUGUUUUGGCCCUGGAUCUUUUCUAAUCACAAUUAUAUUUCUUUACUUUUGCCUUUGAGAAGUUUCAUUUAUCUUUGUGGGCAGGGAAGAUUAAAUAUGAAAUUCAGUCCAGUCAUUUUGCUACUGGUUAGCUUUAGUUUGAGGCAAGUAAAAAUUUUUGAUUAAAAUUAGUUUCUUAAAAUUAUGCCUUUGCUUUACCAAAUAAUCAAAUUGGCUAAAAAAUAAGGGUAUAUAACUUUGCAUUUUGAAGAACAAACCAAUAAUUUUUCAUGAGCCCUACUCGAUCUUCUUUAAAGAAGACCUUCCUAAGAGACAAUUAGGGAUGAGUUUGAUUAAUGGGAAAUAACUCUAGGUUAGAUUAUUUUAAAUUCCAUACACCAAGUGACUUAACCACAGUGGCAGUGGCAGUUUCUGAACCGUCAAGUAUGAACAUCACUUAAAAAUUAAAAGAUGCUUAAUAAUAAACUCUUAAUUUUCAUUAAGCCAAUCUGUAAUUCAGAAGAAAAGCAUAUGUCUGCCAUGGCACUAUUGCAGUGCAUCUCCGUCAGUGUUAACACAGGAGAGAUGUGUUAUUUUAUGUGUAUGUCUUAGUUUGGGAUAUGUGGUAGUAAGAACAUGUCAAGAGUGCUUUCUUCAAACCUGUCAGCUCAACUGAGAAGACAGUUACUUCAUUGCUUAUUUUUUCCCUUGUUUUAUUGAAAUCUGUAUCUCAUAUCCAGUAUCUAACACUUUGUAGAGAUACUUACAUAUAAUGUAAGUGUACACCUACCCAGAGGAAUGGAUAACUGUUAAAGUGUUAAUAAUAGCUCGUCUUAGUUGAUUUCAGCAUAAUUUACAUUAGGGAGACCUAAAAAGCACCUUCAAAGUAUUAAAAGCACCUUUAUUUUUUCUUUUUCCUAAAAAAGCGAUUAAAAUGGUCACUGCUAACAUUUAUUAAAAUUCAUGUUAGUUGAUGAAACAGCUGGAGGGAAGCUGCCACAUCACCUAGCUAAGCAGUCUGACUUACCUGCUGGGAAACAAAGGGAUAUUGCUCUAAGAUUGAUUAGGAUGAUUGUAGGUAGAGUCUUGAAUUCUACCUGUAUGCGGCAGAGAAACUUUAUAGAGAGUGUAGAGAGGUGAGCAAAAGGAUGCGAAAGCACUUUGAGGGCUUUAUAAUAAUAUGCUGCUUGAAAAAAAAAAUGUGUAGUUGAUACUCAGUGCAUUUCCAGACAUAGUAAGGGGUUGCUCUGACCAAUCAGGUGAUCAUUUUUUCUAUCACUUCCCAGGUUUUAUGCAAAAAUUUUGUUAAAUUCUAUGAUGGUGAUAUGCAUCUUUUAGGAAAGAUAUACAUUUUUAAAAAUCUAUUUUAUGUAAGAACUGACAGAGGAAUUUGCUUUGUAUAAUGCAAGCUGGCUUUACAAAAGCACUGUAGCAAAUUUACUACAAGUCUAAAAGUAUACAGAUAUGUUAAUAGAUAUAUGUGCAACUAGAUAUGGACAGCAAUUGUAUUUUUUUAAAUAAAUAUUUUUAACAAAAUGA